UAAAGAGAACACAAUAUGCUGACGCGUUCGUUUUAAUCUUGCCUGGUGUAAAUGCCUUUGCGUGUUCCAAAAAUUAUAAGGUUAAGGAUAUUAAAAUAUGCUUUAUAUAACUAAGAAAAUUUAACAGUGUUGAAACUCUUGAAGUUGUUGAAAGCAUUAUAAAUUUGAAUGAAGAUAUUGAGUGUAUAACCUAUAUUAUUCUCCAUGUGCUGGAAUCAUAUAAACUUGGUAAAAGAGUGUAACAGAGACCCACACUUCUAUGUAUAAUAAUUCUGUAGAAUAUUGCAGUAUUGGAAGGAUUUCAUUUUUGCUAUAAUUAUUGGUAACAAAGAAGAUCUAAUACCAUUAUUAUAUUGGAAAGUGGAAUCGCUCUUCUCGUUUGUGUUAAGGUGGAAAUAGUGGAUGUUAUUGGAGUACCUUAACUUCAUUUACUAUCAUACUUUUCAAGAAAAUUAACUUUAUCGGUAGACUUCUACGAACAAACUUAAGUGGCCUGUGUCAAAACCGUCUUCGGAGAAGCUGUUGUACAGAUUCUAGAAGCUCUGUUAUAAAUGUAAGAGGAGUCGUUCCAAAUCAGGAUUUCUCUGCCAUAACAAACUUUUUGAGGAAGAGUAGAAUCAGUUCUGGAAAGAUGACACUCCCAAGUGCUGCCCGAGUUUAUACAGAUGUGAAUGCACACAAACCGGACGAGUAUUGGGACUACGAGAAUUAUGUAGUUGAAUGGGCUAACCAGGAUGAUUACCAGCUGGUUCGAAAAUUGGGUCGUGGCAAAUACUCUGAAGUAUUUGAAGCUAUUAAUAUUACAACGACGGAGAAGUGUGUGGUUAAAAUCCUCAAACCAGUAAAGAAGAAGAAAAUUAAGCGUGAAAUAAAAAUAUUAGAGAAUUUGCGAGGUGGAACUAAUAUAAUUACUCUAUUAGCGGUUGUAAAAGACCCCGUUUCACGUACUCCCGCUUUGAUAUUUGAGCACGUCAAUAACACCGAUUUUAAACAAUUAUAUCAAACUUUAACGGACUAUGAGAUCCGUUACUACUUAUUUGAAUUACUGAAGGCUCUGGACUAUUGCCAUAGUAUGGGCAUUAUGCACAGGGAUGUAAAACCUCAUAACGUUAUGAUUGAUCACGAAAAUCGUAAAUUGCGCCUGAUUGAUUGGGGUUUGGCAGAAUUUUAUCAUCCUGGCCAGGAGUACAAUGUUCGAGUGGCAUCUCGAUAUUUCAAAGGGCCGGAGUUGCUUGUUGACUACCAAAUGUAUGAUUACUCAUUAGAUAUGUGGUCUUUGGGCUGUAUGUUAGCUUCAAUGAUUUUUCGGAAAGAACCCUUUUUUCAUGGACACGAUAACUACGACCAACUCGUCCGUAUUGCCAAAGUGCUUGGCACUGAAGAAUUGUAUGCAUAUUUAGAUAAAUACAAUAUUGAGCUAGAUCCUCGAUUCCAUGACAUUUUACAAAGGCACUCUCGAAAGAGAUGGGAAAGAUUUGUCCAUUCGGAUAAUCAGCAUCUUGUUUCACCAGAAGCCCUUGAUUUUCUUGAUAAGCUUUUGCGUUAUGAUCAUGUUGAAAGGUUGACUGCACGUGAAGCAAUGGCUCACCCCUACUUUUUACCAAUUGUGAACGGGCAAAUAAAAUCUACCAAUCAGCAAUAAAAGUAUAUACAAUUGUAAACAUGCGUUGUCCGAAUGGAGGUUAAAAGUAACUUCAUAGAUGAGCAACUUAAUUAAUACCAUCAAAAAAUUAGUUUAGUACGAAUCGACUCCAAAACAGAAGAGGAAUCUAAAAAUUUUUAAUAAACCAUGAAAUUAUACAUAACUUAUUUAAUAAAAAAAUAAAAAUACAAUAAAAAAACAGAUCUAUUAAUUCAAAAGAAGAAAAAUGACAAUAGUUGUAAUGAAAUAAAUGUCGCAAUUGGUUAUUCAUAUACGAUAGUGUUGGUUAACCCUUAAAUGCAUGAUGAUGUAUAUAUACAUCAGUGUUUUCUUCCUUACAUAAUUUCUAAACGGUAACUCAAACACAGUAUUUUUUACUUUUAUUAGGUGCUAAAAAUAUCUGUGUUGACUUUUGAAUGCAAACUUUCAUGAUAUGACAUUUCACUUUUUAAUUUUAAUAAUUUGACAGCUUGGCGCGCCACUUAAAAAAUACACACUUGGUAUUUAAAAAGGAAAAACCAUGCAUUUAAGGGUUAAUGAGUUCCGAUUUAACCCUUAAAUGCAUGAUGAUGUAUAUAUACAUCAGUGUUUUCUUCCUUACAUAAUUUCUAAACGGUAACUCAAACACAGUAUUUUUUACUUUUAUUAGGUGCUAAAAAUAUCUGUGUUGACUUUUGAAUGCAAACUUUCAUGAUAUGACAUUUCACUUUUUAAUUUUAAUAAUUUGACAGCUUGGCGCGCCACUUAAAAAAUACAUACUUGGUAUUUAAAAAGGAAAAACCAUGCAUUUAAGGGUUAAAGGAAGAUUUUAAGAGAUAACAUUUAUCGAAUGAAUAAAGACACACUUGGGUGUUAAAUUACGUUUUGUAAAUCUUUAAGGGGGGAGCCAGCUUUAGAAGCUUCAAAAAAUCGAUUUUUUUUGCUUAAAUCUCUUUAAAAAUUAUCUAGGAAUAUGUCCCCAAAGUUAUAGACGGGAGUUCGAAAUAUUGUCGAAGCUAGAAGGGAAAUAGUGGAAAGUUGAGUUUGAACUUUUUUUCAAAUUUUAAAAAAUUUUGGAAUUUUACACUUUUUUUAAAUUCCUUUAGUUCAACUAAAACAUAAGUUAUUACCAAAUAUGAAUCUCUUUGAAUUUUUUUAUUCCAAUAGAAGUUACAACCUGCAUACUGCCCGCGUCCGACAAAUGUACAUGCGAGAUGCAUUGGGCAAUUGCUUCUCAAAGACAGAAUAUCAAAGAUUUCGUAUCCAAAAAAUGUUCGCUUUAACCAAUUAUUUCUUUCGCUCGCAAAAAAUCGAUUUUAUGAAGCCUAAAAACCAGGCUCCCCCCUUAUAUAUCCGAAUUUUUUUUUUGCAAAACUCAAUAAUUAAGACAUUCGUGUUUUAUUCUUAUGUUUUCUCCUAUAGAAAUAAAGAUAAAUUAAUUCGUAACAAUAAAAUUC